CUACACCGUAUAAUAAGUUUGCGUGCCUUUAGGACAGAACAAUGCCGACACGAGUAUUUUGUAGAAGCCUAUCGGAUGUCUCGAAAAAAACCAGAGAAACAAGUUGUUUACCUGUUUGUAUUAUUCAAGGCAAUGUUUAAAUUACUGACUAAAGUAGGAUGGAUGGAGACAGUCGUUCUGAGAUUUGGAACUAGCUUCAAUGUACAUAUAUUUCCUGCCAGUGGUAAAAAUCCUUUCAAUACUUCUGGAAAAAGAAUUAAUCCCGUAACUCACAGGCAUUGAAAUACUGUAAUACCACCAAAAGAAUUUUUAUAAUGACGUCAUUGGUGAUAUAUAUGAUAACAAUUGGAUUUUGUAUAUUGGAAAUUGACUCAUUAAAAUGUGCAUGCGGAAAGAUUAAAACACACGUGUUUAUUGUAAAUGAUGAUGACAAUGGUGGAACAACAAAGCAUGAUUUCCUUGACCCUGGUCAGUGUCUGGAACUCGCCGCCGAACAUCGUCGAUUCUGGGUGGCUGUGUCAUAUUCUGGAAAGAAUGCAUUUUUACAGAGUCAUGAAGUGAUAAUCAUGGAUUGUCAAAACGAUUUAAUUUCAUUUACGCCAAGAGUGAUGAAUGCUAUAUAUAAUUGUUCCGGCGGAAAAAAUCGUAAGACGGUCACAGGGAUGAGUUAUCUCCCUUUAGACGACACAUAUUAUGAUGAACACGAUAUGCCACUUACUACGUUGCAGAACUUUGUUGAUCGUUCGCAAAAAUAUGUCAGUGUGUUUAUCGAAGAGAGCCUUGGAGUAAACUACGGAAGUACGAUAUGUAUACCAGAACUCAAUCAGAUGUAUCAACGUUUAAUUAUUUUCAGGGUUGCCAAUACUUAUCGACGUAAGACAAAAAUGAAGGAUUCCGCAAGCAUAUUAUAUGAUGAUGGUGUUAAUGAAAUAAUACACAGGUUGACUCUAGUCUUACACUAAGUCCUGCUGUG